AUGGAUCUCAUUGCUAGUACAGGUGGUGAAGAAAGUGUUUCUGUACUACUCGGUUACGGAACUGAAAGCUUCAUAGCGCCGCUGAAGUCUCCAACUGGUAAUCAUCCGCAACAGUUGGCUGUCGCUGAUUUCAAUAAUGAUAAACACUUAGAUAUCAUCACCGCCAGCUAUGCAGACGAGGUAAGUAUACAACUUGGUUAUGGCAAUGGGAGUUUUGGACUGCCAACAAGUUUUGCAAUUAGCAGUUCUCCAUUUGGAAUGGCUGCCGUUGAUAUCAAUGGUGAUACCUAUAUGGAUAUCGUUGUACUAACCGGUUACAUGUGUGAUACGUUUCUAGGCUAUGGAAACGGAAAGUUUGCACCGAAAGUGUCUUUUAUUGCUGAACGGGAUUCAUUAGGACUAGUUGUUGAUGAUUUUAACAACGAUAACCAUAUUGAUAUAGCCGUCACAAGUGUAACCGAAAGGGUUGUGAAAGUUUUUCUUGGAUAUGGGAAUGGAACCUUUCGAGCAGCAAUUUCUACUUCAACUCUAGCCCAACCAUUAGCAAUUGCUGCCGGAGACUUUGAUUGCGAUCAAAAGAUGGAUCUCGCAAUUGCUAGCUGUGGAACUAACAGAUUGUAUAUCUUUCGUGGGUUUGGUGAUGGGCGUUUUGGUGCAUCGAUGAAUUAUUCCACUCCAGCGUGUCCGACAUACAUAGCAAUCCACGAUGUCAACAAUGACAACCACUUGGAUCUCGUUAUUGCUAACAGAGAUAAUGAUACUUUCAGUAUAUUUCCUGGUUUUGGUAAUGGAAGUUUUGGGAUACAACUGGUUUUUCCUACUGGAAGGGACCCGCGCUCUCUUACUGUUGGUGAUUUCAAUGUUGAUGAUCGAUUGGACGUUGUCGCCGCUGGUUAUACAAGUGGAACUAUCGAUGUCUCUCUCAACAUAUGUUAA